CACAGGCAGCCAGCUGCACCUGCGUGGAGCCUCCGUUGGAGUCAGUAGCUUGUUUUCGGCACAGCAGCAUGUUUGUAUGCUACAAAUUGAAGUUGGCCUACAUAUCUGCUGCCCAGAUUUUGCUCAGCUUCUCCAUUUGUCCUUCUCCACCUCUUACUCAUCUUCAUCCUCUUCCCUGGCAACCCCAUGAGGUUCAAUGCUAAAGAUCUGGCCUGCUUGGCCAGGCGACCAUCAGGUUGUUUUGACAAGGAAGGAAAACUGAAGAUUUGCAGAAUGGUCGGGGAUGAAAAAUUAAUCGAACCAAGAGAGAGAUGGUGCCGACUGAAAGGAAAUCUGCUUUUUCUAAUGAAAAAUAAGAGUUCCGAAGCCUCUGAAGUGGUAAUCCUGGAGCGCUGCUGGAUUGUGGAGUUCAGGACUAAAACAGAUGUUUCAAUAGUUCUGAAGUUUCAGAGCGGGGAACCGGAUCUUUACCUCGAAGCUCCAUCAAAGCCAGACUGUGAAUCUUGGGCUGUGGCACUAGGAGAGGCAAACUCGGAAGGUUUGCAGAAUAAAAUUCAACAGCUCCGGAGGUUGAUCAUGGAAAUCAAAGAGGAGAGAUCAUCAGAUGAAGCACAACAGUUUCUCCCUGCAUCCCAAGCAGACCGUCUAGGAGAGCCACAGUUCACGAGCAUUCAGAGAAUUGCAAAUGAGCCAAAGCUGGAGUUCAGUCUUGCAUGCAAGGAUCUAGUGGCUGCUACCCGUGAUCGGAAGCUGAAUACAUUUGUACAAGUCUCAGUGGUACACCCAGCAGAGCACAUUUUGACGAGGUAUUCAAGUACUGAAAUCGUGGAGGGUACAAGAGAUCCACUGUUUUUGACUGGUGUGACAUUCCCACCGGAAUACCCCAUCUAUGAGGAGACUAAAAUAAAACUAACAGUCUAUGAUGUCAAAGAUAAAUCUCAAGACACGGUCCGCACCAGUGUCCUACCUGAUCACAAGGACCCAAGAGCAGAUAUUGGACGAAGCUUCCUUGGCUGUACAACUUUUAGAGUAGGAGACUUGGUGAAGUCAAAGGAGCAACAGUUGACCCUUACCCUCAGGACUUCUGAUGGUGGAAAGGCAGUUGGUACCAUUGAAGUUAAUCUUGUGAAGAUGGGAGAGCUAGAGGAGGGGGAAACAGACCACAUUGCAACUGAUGCCCAGGAUCAAAAGUGCGCGUUGGUUCAUGAGUGCACAGCCACUGAAGGCCUAAGUGGCAAAGACAACUUGCCUUCGUUAAAUGCGGUGUUAAAAAACCCAAUUUGUAAGUUAUAUAGAUUCCCUACUUCUGACAACAAGUGGAUGCGAAUCCGGGAACAGAUGGCUGAGACCACCCUCUCUUUCCAUGUUCCUAAAGAACUGAUAAAUCUGCACAUAAAGGAGGACAUGAGAAGGAAUCAGGAACUUAAAGACCUGGGAGAACUUGCUCCUCACUGGGACAACAUGCGCAAAAGUGUUAUUGCUCACUGUGACCAGAUGUUGAGCAUGUACCAGGAUACUCUUGCAGAGCUUGGGAAGCAUGCAGGUUCUUCCUUCAAAUCAAGCUGUAGUAAAGGAGAAAAAACAUUAGAAUUCAUCCCGAUAAAUCUUCAUCUGCAAAGGAUGCACGUGCAUAGUCCUCGAUUGAAAGAUGCUCUAUAUGAUGUCAUCACUGUGGGAGCCCCAGCAGCCCAUUUCCAAGGAUUUAAGAAUGGUGGUCUCCGAAAACUGCUGAGUAAAUUUGAAGCAGAAAGACGAAAUACUGGAUACCAGUGUAUUUACUAUUCACCUGAAAACACAGCCAAGGCAAAAGAAGUACUCAGCAACAUCAAUCAUCUACAGCCUCUCAUAUCAAGCCAUGCAGACCUGCUGCUUAAUUCUGCAAGCCAGCAUUCUCCAGACAGCUUGAAGAAUUCUUUAAAGAUGCUUUCAGAAAAAACAGAGUUAUUUGUGCAUGCAUUUAAGGAUCAGCUGGUCAGAAGUGCCCUUUUAGCACUGUACACAGCCCGGCCUGGCUGUGUCCUCAAGAAACCGGCUGUGCCUAGAAACACUGCAGAAGAGGGCGGUGAUUUACAACAUCAGGAUCAUCCUUCUCAGAUUACAAGACAGGACUCUAUACCACAUCAUUCUGAGUAUGAUGAGGAAGAGUGGGACAGGGUGUGGGCCAAUGUGGGAAAGAGUUUAAACUGCGUUAUUGCCAUGGUGGACAGACUGCUUGAAAAAGACAACAUCAGCACUAAAGAGGGUGACAAUGACCCUUCAGCAGCAGAUUGCAAGGUGUUGCAUACAGGUGGUGACUGGUAUGACCAGCUUUAUCCCCUGGUGAUUACUCUGAAGGACUGCAUGGGAGAGGUGGUGACCAGGGCGAAGCAAUCGAUGGCAUUUGUUCUGCUCCAGGAACUUGCCUGUGGUUUGCCACAGUGUUUGAUGCUGACCCUAAGAAGAGACAUUGUCUUUAGUCAAGCACUCGCUGGAUUGGUCUGUGGGUUUAUAAUCAAAUUGCACACAAGUUUACAUGAUCAAGGAUUUUUGCAACAGCUUCAUACUGUUGGAUUGCUUGUGCAAUAUGAAGGACUCCUUAGUACUUAUAGUGAAGAAGCAGGGAUGCUAGAAGACAUGGCUGUGGGAAUUUCAGAUUUGCAGAAAGUAAUGUUUAAAGUAAUUGAAGCCAAAUCAGAAGAUUUUUUGCCUAUUAUCACUGGAAGGCGUGAACAUUACAUUAUAGAGGUCCAGCUUCCAGCAAAAAUGUUUGAGUUGCUGCCACAAGAGAUUAAAGAAGGAAAGCUACUUCGCAUGUAUCCGGUACUCUUUAAUGUUGGAAUCAAUGAACAGCAAACACUUGCAGAGAGGUUUGGAGAUACCACUUUGCAAGAAAGCAUUAACCAGGAAAACUUGGAACUUCUAAAAGAGUAUUACAAACGCUUUAUGGAAAAAAUGCCUUCUGAUUGUCUGCCACAGUUUCAAGAACAAAAUGAUUUAAAGGGAUUGCUAGAAAAUCUCCAUCAGAACAUACAGGCCAAAAAGAGAAAGAAUGUAGAAAUCAUGUGGCUGGCUGCAAUGAUCUGCCGCAAGCUGAAUGGAGUCCGUUUCACCUGUUGCAAAAGUGCCAAAGACCGGACAUCCAUGUCAGUGACACUGGAGCAGUGCUCCAUCCUGAGGGACGAGCAUCAGCUUCACAAAGACUUCUUUAUUCGGGCCCUGGACUGUAUGAGAAGAGAAGGAUGCCGCAUAGAGAAUGUACUGAAGAAUGUCAAAUGCAGAAAGUAUGCAUUCAACAUGAUACAGCUGAUGGCUUUCCCAAAGUACUACAGACCUCCAGAAGGGACAUAUGGAAAAGCUGACACCUAAGUUUAACAAAAGUGUAAUCAGGAACAUACAUCACGCUAAUUAGUGAAUAUAGAAAUUGCUGUUUAUGACUUAUUAAUUGGGAAUGUGUAACCAGCUGAGGUGUUAUUUAUAUCAGGUUUUAUCUUUUUACAGUAAAAUAACUACAGUUAGUCAUUAUGAAAUAAAAUACCAUGAAAAACAGUGGAAUGAAUAUUCUAAACACCAAAUAUAUUUAACUUUUCUUUGAAAAAUGGAGGUUUAGUAUUCCAGAUGGAGUUAGUUUUUUAGGUUGUUUGAUCAAAUAUUUUAAAGGGAAAUGUCUUUUGCUAUAGGAACUGAGUUUAGCGAUCUGGAAGGUGGCAUUCUGACCUCAAACCAAAAUCUGAGUAUUGAUUAAAAGAGUCUCAUCUGCGGAAAACAGUAUUUUGUGAAACCAGCAUAGCACCAGAGUCUUGAUCACUAGUGAUUAAAUCCUUCACAUAAGUGUUUAUGAAUGACGGUAAUGUUAAUACCUGGGUUAAAUGUAAUUUUGGUAGUUACAUUUAGCUUAUUUACAUAAGCAUAGUAACUUCAUAAUAUGUUUUUAGUAAUUACAGCCUAUAAUUUCAUUCUGAUUCCUUGCAGUUAAUUUGGUUGUAUCAUUCUUGGCUUUCUGUACCACAGCCAAAUAUGACUUAUUUCACUUUUACAUAAAUCACAUUGAAAUCAGGAGGAUUAAUUUUUCAAGUAAAGUGACCUGAAUUUGACCUGCCAUGUUCCUGUUUACUGUAAACCCUUAAAACUGAUACUCCUUUUGUGGCAGGGAAAAUGAGUUGUACAUAGAGAAGUUAAUGUAUCUUUAGGCUAUAAAAACAUUAUUCUUUUUUUACAGAGCCUAAGAUAUGUUAUGAUUAUGAGUAAUCUGCUGUAUUAGGACUAGUUAGCCUCUGCAGCUGAUUUAUAUCAAAUUUGUAAUGCUGCAUGUAGACACUCUAGAAUUAAGAACUAUCAGCUUUAAAAAUUAUUGUCAAUGCUUCUGCCAGCUUGUGUUAGUCCUGAAAUUUGUCUUGCAAAGAACAUUUUUGUUUUCUAAUUGUAGCUAUUUAUUGCUGCCUUCUGCCUCCCAGAGAGAAAUACAAUUAAAAAACUCCAAGUAUUCACUGGUUACUGACCUUUAUGUAAUGCAUUCAUUUGGAGAAAAAAAUUUCUAGAGCAGAAGCGUGAGAAUUGUAUCCUAAUGAAUUGUAAUUGCCAUGGAUAAAGAAGUUAAUGUUUGCUUGCUCCUAUGGAAGUCAAAGAAACCUUGAUGCACUGCGAGUUAUAAUUUGUUCUUUUUAAUCCAUUACUGCCUGUUAUUGGGUAUAAAUCUGUAACUAUACUAGUAAAAAUAUACAUGUGAGAGCCUAAUUCUGCAAACUGUAAUUGGGCAAUUACAUUGAAGUGAUCUGUCAUGUGAAUAAGACUAAACCCAUCUUGUAUAUUUGCAAGAUCAGGCUUUGGGGCUUGUAGAAGACUGUCAGGAAGAGAUCCUCUUUCCAAUAUUCAUGACUUACAGUGGAGCCAGGAAUUCACCUAUACAAUACUUUUACCUAACUAAUUGGAACUUUUUUUCAAGGAGAAGUAGGUCAGUUAAAUAGUGUUCUGUUGCAUUUUUUUAUUAAUUUCUGUUAUAUUAUCUGCUAUCAUGAAUUACUUCUUUGUUCUUCUGGAAUGUAUUACUCCAACAAGAGGUGUCAGAAGAACUGGCAUUGCAUGAUAGAUAAGCUCAGACAGAUGAGAAUAUAAUACCUUGACUUUUUCUUGUCGUGUACUAGUAGAAGUGAACACUACUUGUUGGAUGGGUGGAGGUGUGCAUAAAUUUGUGUUUGGGUCUUUAAAGACAAUAUAGCUCUUUUGUACAAACUUUUUUUGGUGGGUUUACAGAAUAUAAAUGUUCCCGGGGAAGUAAUGUUUUGUUCUGUCAGACUGCCCCACUAGCCCUGACUAUCUUCCAUGUUUAUUAUUGCCUUAAAAAAACCCGAAAUUGUACAGUUUAGAAACAGUGAUAAAUUCCUCAUGCACCUCUGAAGUAUUCCAACAGAUUUACCAUAGAAAAUUCUGGGUUUCCUACAGUAAUUCUGAAACUACCUGUAAAAGUCUAUGUGGGGAUGGUAUUCACUGGUGAGUACUAUCCGUUCUAGCUUUCUUUAUCUUAGUACCAUGGGCAUUCUGUGAAGUUCAAAAUACGAAAUUCUAUUCAAGAUCUCACCUUUCAAGAUCUCAACUCAGCUUUUUAAUCCCACCUGACUUCUAAGUUGUCAUUCUCACUAUCAUGUUAUCUUCAUAUUGAAGAUAUUUUUGGAGGAUGAAAAAAGAAAAAAAUGCAUUGGGUUACUGUCCUUGAAAUUAAAUAAUCUGAUAUUUGUUAAAGACAACCAAAUGAAAACAACAACCACAAAGAAAAACACCACACCAACCCAAAACCAAACCAAACCAAAUAAAACCCACAGCAAUGUGUUGCAGUGAAACCUCGUUGGGCUCGGGCCAUUACAGAAGAGCAGGCUGGGUUCUGUGCUACAUAAAGCUGAACUUUUUCAAUCCAAUUUUUUGACUGGAGCAUUGGAGCAUCUUUUUGUAGGUCACAAGACCUUUGUAAGACCCACUGACACGAUUCCAAAUCUCCUUUAAGAGCUUUGUUUCUUCAGUACUGAAACAGGCUCAAGCGUUUCCUUGCUUGGUCAUUGCCUGCUGUGGGCUACUUCAGUCCAGAUAGGCAAAGGCUGUGUCAUCAGAGCUGACUUGCCAGCUAAGCAUGGAUGCACAACAAGUGGGUUUUCUAAUUUCCCUUUGCGAAGAAGCAAAGUGGUGUUUGCUUCAGGUUGAUAGUUAUGUUAUCUGGAUUUACUCUUUUAGAGGCUGCUUCAAGCCCUUGGCAUUGUUUGAAUGCCUAACAGAGGACUUAAAUAAUCCUUGAGGUCUUGCACAUAUCCUAGUAGUUCAGUAAUUACCAGAGGUGUAAAAUUAAGCAAAUGAAUUUUUAUGAGCAAGAUACACCAUUUCUUUUGCAGCAUGUUAAGGGAAACAUACUGAUCUUGGUGGUAGAAUCGCAGAAAAUGUUCUGUAUCUACUUUCUUGAAACUUUGUAAGGUAUAAAGUAAUCUGCUUGGAGGGAAGGACAGUUCUUAAGGGCUAGAAGAUAUAUCUGGCAUCUAAAGCCAAAUGCUGUCUUACAGAAGAUAUUUGUAAAAUAAGGUCAUCAGGAUCUGCAUUGAGGAAUACUGAAAUAAGGGCUUCUAGCUUUGAAUAUUUCUACAGUGUGUUACGGGCUUAUAUGGGCUUUUGUACCACAGUCUAGUGUCUAAAGAGAGAGCUAGUAUAAAAUGUCUAAAAAAAUAAGGACAGGAAAUUUAAAGUUACUUUUUCUCAGAGAUAGUUGUAAUACUGUUAUGAUACAUGAUAUGAAUAAGCCUGACAUUAUUAAGCAGGGAGGUCUGGGUUUUUUUGAGAUCUUCUUUUGGGGAAUUUAAAAUAUGUUCCUGUUAAUGUUUAUACUUUGGCUUUUGUGGAGCAAUUAAGAAACAGAAAUUUUAAUUAUGUUAUCUGACUUUUGUCUAUGUGAAGGUGGUAUACUAGCAGUGUAUGUGUCAUAAAGACAAAAAUAACUUAGGAGGGCAGCAGAAACAAAAGAUUAACUGAGAGCCUUAAUGAAGUCCUUCGCAAUAUUAAUUUUUGUACUGUCUAAAUUCUGACAUUAGAUAACUGAAAUAAGGAAAUUAACAUUUCCUGUGUCUAAAUCAAUCAGUUCUGAUGAAAAUUCACUUAUUUGCAGUGAAAUAGAAUGUGGUGGUAUUCUAAAUCCUCACUAGUAAUUUAGGUGUUAAGUGCAACAUAUCAUUUUGAAGCCCACUGUAUACUAUACUUACUAGGAGCUUCAGAAAAUAAGCUUGUUUUAUUUCUAGGUUAAACAGAAGUUCCAGGAAAUCCUACAGGCCUAUUAGAAAAAGCAGAAUAUGCACUGAACAUCAGUCAGUGUAAUAAAGAAAGAAAUUGCAUUAAAAACUAUGCAGCAAAAUUACUUGCAUGAGUUAAUACAUGUUAUCAGUUAACGGUCUUAAAUGUAUAUUGUGUCAGUUGGCUCUGUUGUAAAUUUGAAACUAUUGAUAUCUGCAUUUAUGCCUUUUUCUAUUGUAAAAAAGUGUGCUCUACAGGCAAUGCCAUAAGACAUGAAUUUACAUCUUGUUUGUCGUGCAUUUGGGGCUUAAGAGCAGAUGUUUACAACCAAAGUGCUUUAAAAUAAUUUACUGUUCUGCAAAACACAAACUUACCUUGUAAAUUGCAUGUUUAAAAAAAAUCAUACAGAUGCUUUUUUAGAGGAAAAAAAAAAUAAUCCCAGACUUCAGUCUCUAGAACGUUGUUUUUUUCUACAGUCACACAACACAUCAACUCUUGUGUUGCCAGAGCAUUCAUCUUACACUCUGCAGCACUCAAACAUGUAUUUGCUUUCUCUCAUAGCAUCUACAGAAUAAAUACUAUAGCAAGAAGAAAAUUCAGCAUGAUGCUCAUGAUCCAAGAUUAAAAACUUGCAUUUGCUCAAAUAAACAUGAAACAAUGCUUCAGAAUAAAUAAAAUUGAAGACACUGUGAACUGAUGUUUUUGUAUUCCAAAGAGCUGAAACAUCAAGCAUGGAGUUUGUGUGCUGACAGGGAGAAAGAGUUAUGGUAAAAAUCUGACUGUGAUAAUAGAGUGCUCUGGAUCUGUGGGGUUUGGAGGGGUGAGGUUUGCCUACACUGCACUUACUUAGAUCUCAGCUGUUGGCAGUGGUGCUUUGUAUUCUUUCCAUGCAUGCAAAGUACUUUAAAAACUUUCAGCACUUUUGCUUUGUUUAUGAGUGAUCUGGCUUUUAAAUUUUGAAAAUCCCAAGUUGCUUUGGUACUUGCUGAGCGUAGGUGUUUCUUAUAAUGUUUCUGUCUCACAUGGUGGAGCACAUGGGGCUAUGGAUAAGUAACAUUAAUAGGACUUCAGUCUGUAGUGUAUGUUUGUUCAGAGAAAUUAAGCACAACUGUAGCAAUCCAACUCUUUUUAUAGUUCAGGAUUUAGCAUUUUUGUUUUAUUGGUGUCUGUAAGCCAUGUCCAUUGUACACUGUGUGUAUAUUUUUAUUUAAAUAAAUGUGAUGUCUAUUUUUUAUGUUUCUGA